CGCUUACAGUAUACGCAACAAAAUAUCGUUGGACUAAACAUACGCGCAUGGUCAAAUGUUGAAGUCAUUUUGUUAGAUUUGAUCAUCAAAUGAUAGGGAAGAGACAGUUUGGAGAUAGUUUGGACACAUCAUAGCAGAUGCGGACAUGGAUAUAAACCCAAGGGUCACACAUGAUGGGUUGUUUGACUCUCAUAUGGACUUUCAAGAGUUCGCUGUACCACGUGUCAAAGUGCCGCCUAGAUCAGAAGCAAUUAAACGACAUGAUGUCAUUCAACGGGACACAAAACUUAAUAAAACACAAGCGUCCGAAGUCGACAAAUGCGAUCUGAAGCCCGGUCAUUCCUACAUUGCUUUAAUAUCUAUGGCAAUAUUAAAUCACCCUUCGAAUAAAUUGUUACUAGGGGAUAUAUAUGACUUUAUCACCGACACAUUCCCGUAUUAUCGAAAUUUGGAAGAUCGCUCCUGGCGAAACACAAUACGGCACAACCUCUCCUUAAAUGAGUGCUUCCUAAAAUGUGGACGUAGCGAGAAUGGGAAAGGACAUUAUUGGACUAUUCAUAGUGCGUGCCUUGAGGAUUUCAAACAGGGAGAUUUCCGUCGCAGACGGGCUCGGCGGCUCGCGCGCCAUGGGGAGGAUGGGUCGUCGAACAAUCGUAGCAAUGCCGCUGGUAGACUGAAUAGAUGUCGCUAUGAAUACGUCCCCAUGACGAGUGUCGAGGCAGUGGGGUAUGCAGUACCUGGGUACCGUCAUUACCACCCUUACGCUUUACGAUUCUACAAUUCAACGCCAAUGUUAAGUCACUGCUCAGUGGAUGGCUAA